UCACAUCCUAGUCUUGUGUACAGAAAUUCGAUUUUCGAUUACGGCUAUUAAAAUUAAAAUAUGCAAUUCUUCUGGUGGCGCGAUGCCUUCUCUGAUUGACAGUUGAAAUUGACACCCUGGCUGCCUCUAAUCUCGAGCAUUUGAAGCCAUCACUAAUUGCAGGUAGUCCAUCUUUUCAGUGUUUUCGAUUGCAUGGGAACUAUUAGGCUAUGCGAUUAUUUUAGGAGGUAACCUACGGGUUGUACAUAAAGGGGAAAAUAAAUCCUAAUUCUAAUUGCUUCAUCAAAAUUAUCUUUUGUUGCCAGGAUUUAAAUGCCUGAGAAAGUAUUAUUCAUUGUUUUGCACCGGAUAUAGCUUGAGGUAUGGGCUGGUAGGGAUGCAUAGCCGAAAGCGCAAAGCAGAGCAGGGCGCAGAGCAGACUUCAGUCGCAGCUCCAGGCUUCAUCUACACGGCUGUUUUUCCACAAACAGAAUAGCUUCAUAAUGUCUCACUCCGACGGGGAGCUUCACGAGGAUGUGAAAGUAGAGGCUCCUUUCCUGCCCAGUCCUCCGGUAACACCGUCUAUGUGCUCGCCUCCGAUCCUGGCCUCCCCGACGCCGGUUCGUUCCACCGGGAAAAACCAGUGUGCCAGCUGCGGCACAGAGAUCCAAGACAGAUACCUACUGAAGGUGAAUAAUUUGAAUUGGCACGUGGGAUGUCUGGAGUGUUCAGUCUGCAGAGUAUCAUUACGUCAGCACAAUAGCUGCUACAUCAAAAACAAAGAAAUCUUUUGCAAAUUGGAUUAUUUCAGUAGGUUUGGCACCAAGUGUAGCCAGUGCGGGCGCCAGGUGUAUGCCACUGACUGGGUACGGCGGGCGCGGGGCAGUGUGUACCACCUGGCCUGCUUCGCCUGCUACUCCUGUAAGAGGCAGCUGUCCACGGGGGAGGAGUUUGGUCUGGUGGAGGGCAGGGUGCUGUGUCGGGCCCACUACGACACCAUGGUGGAGAACCUCCAGAGAGCGGCGGAGAACGGGACAGGUCUCACUUUAGAGGGAGCCUUGCCCUCUGAUCAGGAUGGCCAACCCAAACCAGCCAAGAGAGCACGCACUUCCUUCAGCGCUGAGCAGCUACAGGUGAUGCAGUCUCAGUUUUACCAAGACAACAACCCUGAUACCCAGACCUUACAGAAGCUGGCAGACAUGACAGGACUGAGCAGACGGGUCAUACAAGUUUGGUUUCAAAACUGCAGAGCAAGGCAUAAAAAGCAUCCUCCCCCCCAGCACAACGGUCACCUCCAGGGCGCCCCUUACCCCCACUCCAGAAUCCCCCCCCCACUGCCAGACAACCUCUACUCCCCCUUCAGCAGUCCUGACAGACCACACCUGCUGGCUCUGCAUGGAUAUAUAGACAGUCAUCCCUUCUCGAUGCUGUCCUCCCCUAACCACCUCAUCCACCCAGGCAUGACCUUACCACAGUUGCCCAUCAGCCACUAAGUAAUACCCCUGAGACCACCUCCUCCACAAGCCGUCUCCCUCGCGGACCUUUCCAUCCCAAAACUUUGAGAACAGUUCAACAUUUGUCUCUUCCAUUUUACUAUACAAGAGGACUUUUACUGUCUCCAUAGUAUGCCAAGGUGGAGAUAUCACAUAUUCAAAUGGAUGGACGGUUUUAUAAAGGCAGCUCGACUUUAGAUCGUUGUUGGAAAAACAUCCCAGUUCAAUACAAAUGUGGUAAUCAUCAGGACCAGAUUACACUACCCAUUCCUUGACAGGGAAUGAGUUGGAUCUCCAGGACCAGAUUACACUACCCAUUCCUUGACAGGGAAUGAGUUGGAUCUCCAGGACCAGAUUACACUACCCAUUCCUUGACAGGGAAUGAGUUGGAUCUCCAGGACCAGAUUACACUACCAAUUCCUUGACAGGGAAUGAGUUGGAUCUCCAGGACCAGAUUACACUACCAAUUGCUUGACAGGGAAUGAGUUGGAUCUCCAGGACCAGGGUUGGGAACAGGAAGACUCUUCCAACAGAACAUAUCAAUUCACUCACUGCGGAUUCAGAUUUCUCAUUGUCUUAUUCAUCAACUUAUAGUACUGAAGGUAUUUUAUGUUUCAAUUCCAUUCGUUUUAAAUAUGACUUUUUUCCUGUUACUCCGUCUGCUUGUUUUCCUGUAUAAAACCCUCCCAUGCAUGGACUACAUAUUCCUGUGUAAGGUGAGGAUGAAGACUCUUCUGAUCUUGUGUGUUUAGAGAGAGGCGGUCUUGUGUGUUGUGUUUACUUAUUUCGCUCGUGAAAUGGAAAGCUUGUGUCCAUUUAUUUAUUUAAAAAAAGAUACUUCACCUAGAAGCACUUUUAAAAAUGCUUUCAAAUUAAAGAAAUAAUUUAUUGUAAAUUGUACAUAUUUUACCGAUGUAAUAAAAUGUGCCUAAAAGAGUGUUGGAAAAAUAGA